AUGACGGGAGAUAAAAACGGUACGAAAAAUGAAGAUAAAGCUGAAUCACAGCAAAAUGCCAUCAUCACUCCCAAAGAUCUCAUUAAUGAUCCAAAGGAGGACACUAAAGAAUCUACCACUACAAAAGCGUCUGCAGAAGCGAUCUCAAUUGACGUUGGAACAGAUGGUUCGAAGAAAAAUGAGCAGAGUUUUCUUUCCUCAUUCGCGGUUUUAUACUCAUAUUCCGAUAAGUUUGAUAUUAAGCUGAUGGCAAUAGGUUUGACUUGCGCACUGUUGCAAGCUGGUAUUCCACCGUUUGUUUGGCUCGUUAUGGGGGAUUUCGUAUCGUUAUCAAUGAGGAGAGAGGGAUUUCACCUAUUCAACUCUUCGGAUUCGUUAAAUGCUUCGACUAUUGAUGCGAACUUUUCGUCUUCUGCAAUGCCUGCUUUUAUCGCUAUGUUAUCACUUUCCGUGAGCAUGUUCAUUGCAGCCUUCAUACAGAGGUUUUCUUGGGAAGUUUCUGCGAUCCGGCAAGUUUUCCGAAUUAAACGGACUUAUGUUCAAAAGAUGCUUCAUAUGGAUGUUUCAUGGUUGGAGACUCGUCAAAGCGGUCAAGUUGCAACUAUGCUUCAGACUCAUUCAAAGUCUAUUUACUGUGGGAUCUCUGACAGUGUUCCAAUGAUAGUCUUCAUCUCAGCUUAUCUAAUCGUAAACAUAGCUGUAUGUAUAUACAUUAAAUGGGAUGUAACACUUCUAAUGUGCUCCGCGAUUCCGAUGUUAAUCAUAAGUCGAAUCCUAUUCAGCAAGUGGUUCUCGAAAACUACAAAGCAAGAAACGGCACUCCAAAAUAAACUAAGUGAUUUGGUGGGCGAAACCUUCAGUUGCAUUCGAACAGUGAUUUCCUUUGCUGGUCAAAAGCAAACAAUUAAUAAGUUACGAUUCUCAACAGUGUAUGACAGCUUAACUCAGAUUCUUGUCACAGAGCUUAUCUUUACCGCAGCUCUAUGUUACGGAAUAUGGGUUGUCGAUGAACAUUCGCGUGGAAGCUUAGCUGCGCUCGCUAUCAACAUGUUGUACAUGUGCGUGACAUCCAUCUCCAUCGGAUUCCACGUGAACGGAGCUUCCAAAGCUCGAAUAAACGCUGCCGAACUAUGCGAAAUAAUGAAACAAAAACCUAAAAUUGAAAGAGAUUACACGUGUACUGAUGAUGAACCAAAUCCAGAACGCCAUCUUCCAGUAUCAACACGUCGACAAAGCAUGAAGUAUAUGGGAAAAGGUGCUCUCCGUUUCAGCGACAUCCAUUUCAGCUAUCCCACCAGACCUGAUGUUGAGGUUCUCAAAGGAAUUUCGUUUCACAUUGAAUCAGGCGAGAAAAUUGGCCUGGUUGGUUCGAGUGGAUCGGGAAAAAGUACGAUCACGUCAUUACUUCUUCGAUUCUAUGAUCCCGAUAGUGGAGCGAUUUUCUUUGACGGCAGCAAUCUGAAACAGCUUUCUCCUGACGAUCUUCGCGGCAUGUGCUCCCUUGUUUCUCAGGAACCAGUUUUAUUUGAGGGCACUAUCAGUGAUAAUAUACGAUAUGGCAAGCUAGAUGCUACUCAACAAGAAAUCAACGAUGCCGCACGGAAAGUUGGAGCAUGGGAAUUCAUUAGCUCAUUGCCUGAGGGCAUGCAGACAAGAGUUGGCGAUAGAGGAGUCCAGCUGUCCGGAGGCCAGAAACAACGAGUAGCAAUAGCUAGGGCAGUAAUCAGGAGGCCAAUUGUGAUGGUGUUCGAUGAGGCAACAUCCGCUCUCGACAAUAUUCAUGAGGAAGAAGUUCAAAACGCUAUUGAUCUUGCUUCCGAAGGUCUCACAACAAUAACUAUCGCGCAUAGAAUGUCUGCCAUAAGGAAUUGUGAUCGACUUCUUGUAAUGGAAAAAGGCCAGAUUGUUGAAGAGGGACCACCUGAUGAGCUUCUUUGCAAAGAAGGAGGCAUAUUUCAAAGACUCUACAACGACCAGCGAACGGAUAUUAAGCCGCGUGUAUCUCGCUCAACAUUUCUCACUUCUAUCGCUUCUUUGGCUUUAGGCCAAUACUAUCGACCACAAAUAAAUUACGCUCGUGAGCGAAAAUCAGUGUUGCGCAGUUCAUCUGGUGGUGCACGAAGUAAGAAGGUUGCUAAAUCGUAUUCUCUUUUGAAUCGUAAGAAACUACCUACUCUUCCUGCAACCCCCGAAGAUGGACCACAACCUGUGGAUGUGAAAGACUCUUGUGGUGAAGCUGGUGAAACUGUUGAAACUGGUAAAACUGGUAAAACUGGUGAAGCUGGUGAAGGUGUGGUUAUCCAAAACGAUUCAAAACCAUCGUCCAAGGAUGAAGAACACAAAACUGCAGAGCCAAGUAAAAAUGAAGACUUUGACGCUCCUCGACAACUAAUUUGCGGUUAUCGCGACGGUUUUCCACUACUUGCCGGUGCAAUACCAACAACAAUUAUAAGAGCGCUCUUCUAUCUUCUUAUUUGCUUCGAAGUUGCUUCUGUACUUGAGAUUGCGAUGGUACCAGAAGACCAACGAGUACAGCAACUUUUCUUUGUAGCGGCCAUCUACACCUCACUGAUUGUCAUUAAAACAAUUUUCGAAGCUCUUGGCAGACUCUUCAUAGCACUUUAUGGACAUGGAUUUUGUUCGUACAUGAGGUUAACUAUGUUCAAAAAGGUUUUGCGACACGGCUGUGCCUAUUUUGACGAAGAAAGAAACGGCUGCGGUUUCAUACUGCACAGAAUUAUGAACGACUCUUCAACUUUGAACCAAAUCAUGGAGGAGAAACUGGACCUGCUAAUCCCGGCUAUAAUUUGUCCAAUAUUCUCCUUCAUUGUUGCCAUGUACAUAAACUAUAAAAUGGCUCUAUUGUGUUCCUUCCAAUUCCCGGCCUACUUCAUUAUUCGAGUUGUGCAGAUUAAAGAAGGCGCGAAGAGGGAGAGAGAAAUGGUUCAAGAGGAGGCUAAUGCAGAAAAUUUGACUACUGUUGUACUUUCAAAUGUGACAACAAUCAAAGCAUAUAACCUGCAGAAAUAUUUCUAUUCUGUUUUCGCAAAUACUUUAGAACCACUUGCUAGGGCAAUGAAGCGUCAGUCCGUAAUUUCUUCCUUUGUAUUUGCUUGCCAAUUCUCAUUCACAUACAUUCUAAUUGCAAUGACAUUGUACUUUGGAAAGGUCAUGAUGCUUAACAACGAAAUUUCUGUUUUUGAUUACAUGAGAGUUGUUCUCCUGACGCAAUUCGGUGCAAACUUCUUCUCCCAACUUGUAGCAUCUGUUGCGGACUUCUCUAAAGCACGAAUUGCUGCAGAAAAUGUUGUCGCGCUGCUGGAAGAGACAUCAAGUGACAUGGACAACCUUUCCGAAGGAGGAGAACGACCUAAGUUAGAGGGAGAUGUCGUUCUCAGCAAUGUAUCGUUCAGCUAUCCAACUCGACCUAAAGUACUGAUUCUCAGUAAAUUGACGUUCAAGAUUGAAAAAGGGAAAUCAGUGGCGAUAGUAGGCCCAUCAGGCUCGGGAAAAAGUUCAGUUUUCGCAAUGAUUCAAAGAAUGUACAACCCAUUAAGCGGUGAAGUGUACUUGGACAAUCACCAAGUGCAAUCGAUCAAUCCUACUCAUUUACGAAGACUGGUGGUUAGCGUUGAACAAGAGCCAACUUUAUUUUCGUUUUCUAUAAAGGAAAAUAUUACGUUUGGUUUGAAGGACGAUGAAGUGAGUAUGGAGAAAAUAAUUGAAGCAGCGAAGAUCGCCGAUAUCCAUGAUUUCAUUUCUAAGCUUCCUUUGGGUUACGACACUGAAAUUGGCGAAUUUGGUGGUCAACUUUCUGGAGGACAGAAGCAGCGCAUUGCCAUCGCGAGAGCGUUAGUGCGCGACCCAGCGAUACUUUUACUGGAUGAAGCCACAGCUGCUCUAGACAGUUCUACGGAAAAGGAGAUCGAAAUGGCUCUGGAGAAGGCUGGAAAGGUCUGCACAUGCAUACAAAUUGCUCACCGUUUAUCUUCAAUUCGGUACGUGGAUAAGAUCUUUGUCAUGAAUGAAGGCACUAUAGUCGAAGAGGGCAAUCAUGAUCAGCUUAUGAAAAAGCAAGGGAUUUACCACAAAAUGGUCACAUCCGCUUAA